AGAAAAAAACAUCAAUCUUCCGUUAUAUACUAGAUAACUCGGAAGGAAUAGAUACUAUAUUACUAUAGCUGGACAUGGCGAAAGUUGGAUUUCAGGCUGUUUGGUUGAUUUUUUGCGUUGUUUUCUCUGAUGUGGCAGCAAGUAUUGGCACUGCUCAGGAGCCAGUAUGUACUUCCAGAUUUGAUUACGAUCACAAAAUGUUACAGAAGAUGUUGAUGUUGGAAAUAGAACAGAACACAAUUAAACAAGCUAUCGGUGAACUAAAAGAGUUUCUGGCCAAACAAACUGAGACAGGAAAGGAAAUGCAAAAUGCUUUUGGCAAAAUGACAAGCAAGCUCCAACGAAUUGAAACAUUGUCGUCAUUUGAUGGUUCAGGUUCGACAUAUGUCCGUUGGGGAAGAAUAUCAUGUCCGUGGAACGGAACUGAACAGGUUUACAAAGGUUUUGCCGCCGGCUCCAAUCAUAACAAAGGAGCGGCAUCUAGUUACUUAUGUUUGCCUGAAGAUCCAACAUGGGGUGUGUAUGAUGACACUGCACAGGACUCGGGCACCAUCUGGGGAGCUGAAUAUGAAUUCCUGUAUAGAAAUGAAUAUACAUUCUUUGGAAAGUCCCUUAAGGAACGAGACGUUCCAUGUAGCGUCUGCAGAACAAAGAGAGCUAGUGUCCUCAUGAUUCCUGGACGUAAUGUUUGCUACGGUGGCUGGACCAUGGAAUACAAAGGCUAUCUUAUGGCUGGACACGACACACAUCAUGCUACUGACUUUGUCUGUGUUGACCAAGAGCCUGAGGCGCUCAUUGGAGGAGGUUCGAAUGAAAAUGGAAAAUUGUUUUAUUUUACAGAGGGGCGUUGUGGAUCCUUGCGCUGUCCACCUUAUGUACAUGGACGAGAACUAACGUGCUCUGUUUGUACGAAGUAAAUAUUCGGAUGCAAAUUAAAUUGAUGCAUAGCAACGGCGAUCCAUAUGGGGUUUAAACUGACGCCCUGAAAA